AUGGCCAAUUUACCUAGCGUUGUGAUAAAUAGCAGCUGGGCGCUGUCUGGAGACGUAUCGUACCAGGGAGUCAUCAAUGACACACACGGCCAGCGGAAUGACAGCAUGGCAACUGUUUCCGAGGUCAUCAACUACGGUAUUAUAGUGUUCGGAGUUUUUGUUAUCACUGCCACGAUACUAGGAAACAGCUUGGUAAUAUUAGCCAUAAUUGUUGAUAAAAAGUUACGACGUGUUGGAAACAUAUUUAUUGUGAACUUAGCAGUGAGUGAUAUUUUAGUUGGUGCUAUUGUCUCACCUCUCUCACUCGUGUAUCAGAUAACGGGUGAAUGGCCCUUUGGACGGCAACUAUGUGACCUUUGGAUCUCUGUUGAUAUCAUUUGUUGUACAGCUAGUAUACUCAAUCUUUGUGUAAUUAGUUAUGACCGUUAUAACGCUAUAUCACAGCCCCUGAAAUAUGCCAAACACAGGACUACACGACGGGCGCUUACACUGGUCACCCUAGUAUGGCUGUACUCGUGUUGCAUUGCAUUGCCUCCCUUACUCGGUUGGAGUAAACCUACGGAAAUGACCUCACACGGCCUCAACAAUUGCCAAGUCACUCGCCAUGUGGGAUAUACAUUUUAUUCAACGAUAGGAGCAUUUUACUUGCCAUUGUGUAUAAUGGUAUGUUUUUAUGCCCGUAUAUUUGUGGUUACUAGCAGCAGGGGCAAGCAAUGGGUACGAGGUCCAGGUUCGAGUUGUAGGUUCCAGCGCCGACGAUCUCGCAACAAACGAGACAACGAAAACAGUAAGGUGGUGUGUUGUUUGCCUUGUCCCUGUCGAUCUAAGCAGGAAAAUGAAAGUAGUAAAUCUGUUACAACUCAGACAGAUCGCUCCAAUACUCGAAACUCUUCUCUGUCAUCCAGCAUUAGAAGAAGUACCUUUGAUUAUUCGUCCACGGUUCAGUCCGAUCUCCAUCGUAAGGCCGUAAUGUUCUCCCCACGUGCUAGUACGGCUAGUACAAGUACUGGGGAUGUCGUGCUAGAGAUUACACAGGGACGUAGAAAACAGACAAUUCAUCGUCGAUUGUACCGACAAAUCUCAAAUCCGAACAGUGAUUCAAGUUAUACCACAUCAACGACGACGUCGACCACUGCUGAAACGUCGUUCUCGGAAUCCUCGUCUGCUGGUUCAGACACACGGACUUCAAGACGCGCUUCAAACGUCAUUUAUAACUUAUUAGCUGCUAACAUUAUGGCUGCAGAGAUUCUGCGGGAUAGUGUAAAAGGAGUACAAUUUGCGCCUCAACAUCGUUCGCCUUUACUCAUAGAGGAGGAAAUAAGACCGGAACCGUUGAUUCCUAAAGAAACUGUGCGCGCAACUCGCCGGAAGCGGAAAAACGUAUCACUUCCUCACGAAAAACGUGCUGUUAAAACAUUAGGAAUUGUUGUUGGUUGUUUUAUUUUCUGUUGGCUCCCUUUCUUUGUCGUAACGAUUAUUGUUCCCUUGUGCCAAAAUUGUAACGUGAGCCCAAUCGUGACCGGUAUAGUGCUAUGGUUAGGCUACUGUAACUCAGCCUGUAAUCCUAUUAUAUAUACCUUCUUCAACGAAGAUUUUAGACGUGCCUUCAAAAAACUGACCACAUGCGGAAAAGCAGUGUCGUCACCUAUAUAUUUAUGA